ACUUAAAACCCCAAAAAAAAAAAGAAUUUUUUUUCUGUCGUUUCGUCCCUUUCAUCUUGUAAUUAAUCUUAAUUUGUGUUUGUUAUUCAAAAAAAAUCUUAAUUUUUUUUGUGUUUGAGUAAUAACAUUAUAAUUAUGGGAUUUCUUGACAAACUUUGGGACGAAACGUUGGCGGGUCCCACACCUGAAACAGGUUUGGGUAAGCUUCGAAAGUAUAACUCUUUCUCUGCCAGCUCCUCCGGUCCACGGUCACCGCCGGUGAAGGAUGAUGUUCCUAUUAGUCGUAGCAUUAUGAUUAUUAGAACUAAUAAUGCUAAUUACGGCGGAAGAGGCACCGUGUCGGAACCUGUUUCUCCUUGUUCUUCUGCUCCUAGCACCCCUCGUACCCCUCAUACCCCAUUAACACCGGAGGCACCGGGCGGUGAUUUUAAGAAAUUCACAAGGAGAAAAUUUCCAAUGGAUCCGCUGGACAGCUCCGAUCAUCGAAGUCCGACUAUUUCCGAUUGGGUGAUUAUGAAUGCUUGGGAUCGCUGUUGAUUGAGAGAGAGGAAGUAAGAUGUUUUGAAUUGAACAUCAUCAUUCGGCAGAUAUAUAACAUUGAUUCUAUAAUUUCAAAGGGGAAUCACAUUGCUUUUCUAAUUAAUAUGUAUUAAUAUGUAUAUUAAAUAUUGUAUAUAUUGUAUAUUACUAUAUAAAAUAUGAGUACCUAAUGGCUCAGAUGAUGCAGAGUCAUGACUCAUGUGCAGCUUAUUAUUAAGCCAGUGCUUCAUGAGAUUCUGAGGGUGUAAAGGAGUAGAAGGAAGUUACCAAGUGUGUAUUUGUAUAUAUUGUUUUGAUUUUUUAAUUUUUUUAUUCUCAUUUUCUGAGAUUUUGGUUGUUGACUAUUGUAAAUAUGGAUUAUGUACUCUGAAACCUAUGUGGAACUCAAUGAAGCUAGAAUUUAUUAUA